CGGUUCCGCCGGGACCCAAAGGCCGGACUGAGGCAAAUGGCGGCGUGCGCGAAACUGGCCGGAGGGGACGGUGAGGAGGCCAGGAAAGAGGAGGAGCCGCAAGUUCUGGAACCUGGGGCUGCCCCGUUCGGAAAUUUCCCUCAUUAUUCCCGCUUCCACCCUCCGGAACAACGGCUCCGCCUCCUGCCCCCGGAGCUCCUUCAGCGGCUCUUUCCUCCCAAGGGUUCUGAGACGAGGCCGAUCUUGGGGCUCGACGUGGGGUGUAACUCCGGGGAUCUGAGUGUGGCUCUAUACAAACACUUCCUUUCCCUACAUGAUGGGAAGACCUGCUCAGAUGCCUCCAGAGAACUCCGUUUCCUCUGCUGUGACAUAGAUCCAGGCCUGGUGAAACGAGCUGAAAAAGAAUGUCCGUUUCCUGAUGCCUUGACCUUUAUCACCUUGGACUUCAUGAAUCACAGGACCCGGAAGGUUCUCUUGAGCUCUUUCUUAAACCAGUUUGAAUGUUCAGUUUUUGACAUUGGCUUCUGCAUGUCGAUAACUAUGUGGAUUCAUCUGAAUCAUGGGGACCAAGGCUUGUGGGAAUUCUUAGCCCAUCUUUCCUCUCUCUGCUGCUACCUCCUUGUGGAGCCUCAGCCUUGGAAGUGUUACCGGGCAGCUGCAAGGCGUCUCCGAAAGCUGGGACUCCAUGAUUUUGACCACUUCCGCUCACUCGCCAUCCAAGGUGACAUGGCCAAUCAAAUUGUACAGAUCUUGACCCAGGACCAUGGCAUGGAAUUAGUGUGCUGCUUUGGCAAUACCAGUUGGGACCGAAGCCUUUUGCUCUUCAAGGCAAAACAUACCAUAGAGAAUUAUCCAAUCCCUGAAUCACUGAUAGAAGAAGAGAAAGAAAGGAACAGAUUAAGAUUCUGGAGGCAGUGAGAUGACAGGGCAGGAAAACCAGGAAAGAGAAAUUAAAAUGGUUUUUUGUUUAUUUGUUUGGUACCGGAGAUUGAACCCCAGACCUUUCACUUGCAAGGCAGGUGGUGGAACCACUGAUAAAAUGGUGGUUUUUUUGGUACCGGGGAUUGAACUUGGGUCCUUGGGCUUGCACAGCAGGCGGCGAAACCACUGAGUUAAAUCCCCGGCCCGAUAAAAUGGUUUUAUACUGAGAAUUAUGUUCACUGUCUUGCAACAGUCAGGUAUCUUAAAAAUAUCACAGAAGCUUUUGGCAAAAUAUCCAAGGCUUGCAACAGAAAGAAUACCUAGUCCCCAUUGAGACAAUCCCUGAGGAGGACGAAUUGUUUUGUGGUGCUAGGGAUUGGAACCCAGGGCCUUGGGCAUGCUAAACACAUGCUUUACUGUUGAGCCACAUAUCCAGCCUUUAGGAGUUAUUUAUUUUUGUUUUUGUCUUUUGAGACAGGGUCUUACUUUGUAGUGCAGGCUGGCCUUAAACUCACUAUGUAACCCAGGCUGGCCUGAAACUCAUGGGCAUCCUCCUGCCUCACCUUCCCCAGAGCUGGGACUUCAGGUGUGCAUCAUCACACCUGGAACUUUAGGGGAUAUUAUAAAGAUGAAGGUAGCCUUAGAGUGUGUCAGCUCCCUAGGCUCCUUAAAUCUGAUCUUGUUUCCCCAGGUGUUUUCUGGACUUUGGGCCUACCUUUGGGAAAAACCUCACAGUCCAGUCUAAAAUGAAGAGUCAUGGACCAGGCUAAAGGAAGUGGUUACUAGGAAAAGCACCAUCUUUCUAGAACACGUCAAUUCUCUAAUAUGCCCAGGCUGGGCAUAGCACUUAGAAAUACUAGAAAAGAUGUAUUAAGUAGCAUUUAAAAGAUGUUUAAAAGCUUUAAAUUAUGAACCCAUGGUGAUGAUUCAGGUCUGAGGUUUAGGAAUCUAUUUUGUUGCAUUCUUUUAUUGUGGUAAAAGAUACAUAACAAAACUUAACAUUCUAACAAUUUUUUUUUUUUUUGGUACCGGGGAUCGAACUGUGAUCCUUGCACUUGCAGGGCAGGCGGUGGAACCACUGAGCUAAAUCCUCAGCCCCAAUUCUAACAAUUUUCAAGUGUACAGUUCUGUGGCAUUAAUUACAUUCAGGUUGAGGAUUCUGUGUUUGUUUGUUUGGUACCAGGGAUCGAACUCGGGUCUUUGUGUUUGCAAGGCAGGCAACCGAACUACUGAGCUAAAUCCCCAGUCUCUGAGGAUUCUGUUUUAAACAGUUACCUUGGGAUUCUGAUGUAACCAGAAAUGGGUAACACUUUGAAUGCUUGGGGGGUUUUUUGGUUUCUGUCUAGGCUUCUACAUAUUUUUCCUGGGGUCAGUUCUUCCACUCAUGCCUUUAACAACUGCUUACAUACUAACGCUCCUAAAUAUAUUGGUAGCCCUGGUCCAUGAUUCCAGACUAAUUAAUAUUUUUCCUAUCUUGAAAUAAUCCCCCUAAAUAGUUCUUUGGCAUAUCAAAUUCAUCGUAUCCCAAAAGCAAACUCAUCCUCUUUCCAAACCUAAUACUAUUGGUGGCAUUCAUUGAUUGCCCAAGCUAAAAAACUUGUGUUGACUCUUCCUUCAUAUCCCCCACAUUGAAAUAGUCGCAAAUUCACCAAAUUUAUUCCAUCUAUGUGGCUGGUUUCUGUGUUAAGCCACCUACUUCCCCAUUCCCUACCAUGUAGCCACAGUUUAUUCAUCUGUACAACUCAAAUAACAACUUUUCGUUUCCUAUGCCCAAGUGAGAUAAGAGACAUGAAGGCAUUUUGCAGAAUAUUUUGUUAAAUAAAAGUAAGGCACUAUUAACUUCUGAUAACACCCUGUAAGCAUGCUGCAGAUAUUUAUGCCUAUGAGACCAAAGGCUUAUGGGGAAAAAAACUCAUAGAAAACAUGCAUCUUACUAUUCUGUGUUUUUCAGAAGUAGUGUUGAGAGGGAGGGAUAUGGAACUAAUGGAGAUGAAGCCAGUUUUUAAUGGUCUCACAGUGAUCACCAGUGAUUACGGAGAUGAACUUACCCAUUCUCUGUAGACUUUACUUUAGGAAACCCUUUGCAACUUUAUUUCCCUGCUAGGUGCUCUUUCCUAUUACCCUUUGCCAAAGAAGGGCAAGGAAAUGUCUAUGGGACUGUGGUAGAAGGAGUAAUAGAACCCUAAGAUGUCUGUACCAAUCCCUGAACGUUAUCUUACGUAGCAGAAGGAACUGCAAUCCUGCUAACACCUUGAUUUUAGAUUUCUGGCCUCCAGCACUGUAAGAGAAUAAACUUGUGCUGAUUUAAACCA